AUGCCUUCGCUCUCGUUAUUGGCCAAGGCUCUCCCGCUUCUCUCGGCAACGGCUUUGGCUUCCGCCAGCCUGCCAGCCAAGCCUUCGGAUCUGUCCACACCUAUGCAGGUCCGUAUCGCUGUAAGUGGCGCAAACAGCAUCUCUGUGGGCUGGAACACAUACCAGCAGUUAGGUAGCCCCUGUGUCAGCUAUGGCGCCUCUGCAGACUCGCUUACACAAAAGUCUUGCUCAAGCAAGUCGGAUACCUAUCCCUCGUCGCGCACAUGGUUCCAUACGGUCUACCUAAACAAUUUGACUCCUGCCACAAAGUACUUUUACAAGAUUGAGUCGACGAAUUCUACCGUGGAGGAAUUCCUCUCUCCUCGUACCGCAGGUGACAAGACUCCUUUUGCUAUCAAUGCCAUUAUCGAUCUGGGCGUCUACGGUGAGGACGGCUACACGAUCCAAAACGACAAGGCGAAGCGCGACUUGAUCCCAAAUAUCCCUCCUUCGCUAAAUCACACAACAAUUAAGCGCCUUGCUGACACGGCCGACGACUACGAAUUCAUCAUUCACCCUGGCGACCUCGCCUAUGCUGAUGAUUGGGUUCUGCGCCCCAAAAACCUCCUCGAUGGCAAGAAUGCGUUCCAGGCUAUUCUCGAAGAGUUUUAUGGGCAGCUCGCCCCCGUCUCCUCGCGCAAGCCGUACAUUGUUAGCCCUGGCAACCACGAAGCCUCGUGCGAAGAAGUCCCCCAUACCACCUGGCUCUGCCCGAGUGGUCAGAAGAACUUUACCGACUUCAUGACACGAUUCGACGGCAAUAUGCCCAGCGCGUUUGCCUCGACCUCCAAGACUGACAAGGCCAAGGUCAGCGCGAACAAGGCCCAGCAGCUGGCCAAGCCGCCGUUUUGGUUCUCCUUUGAGUACGGCAUGGCGCACAUUGUCAUGAUCAACACGGAGACUGAUUUUCCUUCGGCGCCGGAUGGUCCCGACGGCUCUGCUGGCCUCAACAGCGGCCCAUUCGGCGGACCUCAGCAGCAGCUGCAAUUUCUCGAGGCUGAUCUGGCGUCAGUUGACCGUACCGUCACCCCGUGGGUCGUUGUCGCCGGCCACCGUCCGUGGUACACAACGGGUGGUGACGAGUGCGGGCCUUGCCAGGCGGCGUUUGAGCCGCUGUUUUACAAAUAUGGCGUCGAUCUGGGCGUCUUUGGCCACGUGCACAACUCGCAGCGCUUUAAUCCCGUCUACAAAAAUACGCAGGAUCCGGCUGGUAACAAGAACCCCAAAGCGCCCAUGUACAUUGUGUCGGGCGGCGCGGGCAAUAUCGAGGGACUCAGUCCGGUCGGCAGCAAGCCCAGCUACACGGCGUUUGCGUAUGCCGACGACUUUAGUUAUGCGACCAUUCGCUUCCAGGAUGCGCAAAACCUCACGAUUGAUUUUUACCGCUCGGCGACUGGAGAGCUGCUCGAUAGUUCGACGCUGUUCAAGGAGCACAAAGAUCAGUUUGUUGUACAGAACUAG